CUAGGCAUCCUAGCUUUACAGGAAACACACCUGACAGACGAACAAGUGGAUGAAAUAACACAACACUAUGAUAAAAAGAUCCAAAUAUUUGCAUUUCAUGAUCCCAUAAACCCAACAUGCAGAGGUGGGGUAGCAAUUGUGCUUAAUCAACGGUUGCUACUGGCAGAUACACCUAAGGUUUAUGAGAUCAUCCCCAGGCAUGCCCUCCUUCUCCAGGUAAUGAUUAAAAAAAAAGACAACCUUGCAGUAUACGCACCAAAUGUCUCUGGGAGCACUGGAUCAGACACUGCACAAUGCUGGAAGGAUAUCAAAACAUACUUUGACACAAGACCGACUGCACCCAAACCAAACAUCAUGUUAGGUAACCAUAACAUGGUG